AGGAGUUUGUUUGCACGUGACGUCACAAGAACCUUGAAACUGUUGUUUAAAGUAGCUCUUCUGCUCACUGCCUGCUUCCACAUUUACUCACCUCUCCCCCACCUGUUCCUGAGACACUACGUGCUUUGCCGCUGGGCUUCAAAAACAAGCGUUAUUCAUCUACCCUACCCAAACUACAGCUCUGACAUACGCACGACGAACACAAAGGUUCUCCCUCUGUUUCAGAGAGUCACCUGGGCCUGUUUCUGGAGAUAUCACCUAUUAAUAGAGUACCCUUUCCAUUCUGUUGCAAGUUUCUAUCUAUCUGAAGGUAAAACUACUGAACCUGUCAAUUGUAGUAUGGAACUGCAGAAGUUAUCGAAAGGUAAUCAACACCAUGAAGCUGAUGUGCCUAAAGAGGGAGGAGUUCUGCCAGAGAAAGCAAAGUUCCUGCAUCACAAGAGCAACGCACCAAGUCAGUUUACAGAUUUUGAGGGUAAAACCUCCUUUGCAAUGUCUGUCUUCAACUUGAGUAAUGCCAUCAUGGGCAGUGGCAUUCUGGGUCUGUCAUAUGCCAUGUCGAACACUGGCAUAGUCCUUUUCCUGAUCCUGUUGACAUGCAUUGCUUGUCUUUCAUGUUAUUCCAUCCAUUUGUUGCUAUGCAGUGCUGGAGUUGUGGGUAUCAGAGCCUACGAGCAGCUUGGUCUCAGAGCUUUUGGUCCUUCAGGGAAGAUUCUAGCAGCUGUCAUCAUAACAUUACAUAACAUUGGAGCCAUGUCAAGCUACCUGUUCAUAGUAAAAUAUGAGUUACCAUUGGUCAUCCAAACCUUUCUUGGCCAGUCAGCGAGCUCUGACAACUGGUUCAUGAAUGGAAACUACCUCAUCAUCAUUGUCACCGUCUGCAUCAUCUUCCCGCUGGCCCUGAUGAAACACCUGGGGUAUCUUGGUUACAGCAGUGGAUUCUCUCUUUGCUGCAUGGUCUUCUUUCUCUCUGUGGUAAUCUACAAGCGAUUCAACAUCUCCUGUCCUCUGGAAGUGUUUGGUAACUUCUCUGUGAACACAUCUCUCCCAGACAACACAUGCACCGCCAAAUUCUUCACCAUCAACCAAGAGACAACAUAUACCAUCCCCAUCCUGGCGUUUGCUUUUGUAUGUCACCCUGAAGUUCUUCCAAUCUACACCGAACUGAGCAACCCAACCAAAAGAAGAAUGCAGAACAUUGGCAAUGUUUCCAUCAUGGGAAUGUUCAUCAUGUACUUCUUCACUGCCAUAUUUGGCUAUCUGACCUUCUAUGAGAACACUGAAGCAGAGCUCCUCCAUACCUACAGUAAGGUAGACCUCCUGGACACUCUGAUCCUGUGUGUUCGAUUGGCUGUCCUGGUGGCUGUCACGCUGACUGUACCUGUGGUCUUGUUUCCCAUCCGCCGUGCCCUCCUGCAGAUACUGUUUCCAGGGAAACCCUUCCAUUGGCUUCGUCAUAUUGCCAUUGCAGUGUGUCUGCUGUUUUCUGUCAACCUGCUGGUCAUCUUUGUUCCCAAUAUUCGAGAUAUUUUUGGCAUAAUUGGAGCCACCACUGCUCCCAGUCUGAUCUUUAUCCUUCCUGGACUGUUCUACAUCCGCAUCAUCCCCUCUGACCAGGAGCCUAUGAACUCUAGACCAAAGAUACAGGCUUCAUGUUUCACAGCGCUGGGUUUCAUAUUCAUGACCAUGAGUCUGACAUUCAUCGGGAUUGACUGGUUGAGUGGAGAAAACCGAAGUCACGGUGGCCAUUAAAGAGCAGUCCUCUGGAGACCAAGAAAGAUUCAAUCUACUGCAAAAAGGAUCAUGGCUUCAUUAGUGAUAUCGACAGUCAAUUCAUCAAGAAUGUAAAAAGGAACCCAACAUAGUUCUGUUACCAUGUCAAGUUGAUAUGAUAUAUAUAUGUCAGCAGGAUGUUAUCAAAUGUGAUGCCCCUCUGUUCUGUAUGAGGAGUUGAUGAACAUGUUGACCAUGGAAGUCAAGAGGAGCUAUGUGUUGUAUUGUAACUGCAAUAUUCAAAGCAAAUUUGGCCAAUGUCUUCUGUAGCUAUACGGUGUUUGAUAAAAAAAAAUCAAAAUAAAGACCCCUCAGAAAUCCGAA